AAAAAAAGCUGAUUUUUUUUUUGACAAAAAAGCUUAUUUAAAAAUGAAAAGAAUAAUAAAAACUCAUUUAAAAAUCAUUAAAACUUAUCAACUUAAAGCAUAAAAAAAUUAAAACAAAAGAAACAUUAUUCUUCUUCUCUCUCUCUUUGUAAACUUCUUCUCCUUCUUUUUCUCAGCCACGAUCGAGAGUGUUUGUGCCCAGUAAUCUGCCAAGCCCCAUCCUCGAUCACUGAUUCGUCGUGCCCAGUAAUCCGCGACCCCAUUCCGCCUGCAAGUUUGUGGUAGAUCUAACCUGUCAAGCUCGCGAACUCCGUCUUUGUUGAAGCCUUUAGAUCUGUUUUGUCUCACCGUCGACUUCAGCCCAAAUCUUCUAGCAACCAAGAAAUUCCUCGGAGGUGGAACGGAUUGGAAGUUUCUUGGCGUUUUUAAGAGAAAAAAUCAUGGGUUCCAGAGUUAAUAUAAUUGUUUCUUACAACGGUGUUUGGGAACAGAAAGGAGAAAAAUGGAAUUUCAAAGCUGGUUCGAACACUAUAAUACAUGUACCAAUUGAUGUUGGUUACAUAGAAUUAUUGGAGAAGUUGUAUUCAAAGUUGAAAGUGGAUAGGUCAUUGUUUGACUUAAAGUUGGAAGUGCCGUUUACAUGCAAUGAUUUUAGUGUAGAUCCCAUUGAAAUCACAGAUGAUGAAGGAGUUAGUGCUCUUAUUCUUGAAAAUUCAAAGUCCUUAAAACAUCGGGUUCCUUUAUGCGUUAGUUCGAUUGCAAAGAACAUUGCUCUUAUUGAUCCAUCUCCUAGAGCGAGUGUUAAUAUGGAAAAUCAUAAUCAAUCAUGCACGGCUAUUCCACAAACAGCUACUGGGCCAAGUGUAUGAAUGGGAGGUCCUAGUCAUAAUGAAACUUUUUUUCCCCCAACAAAUCUCCCGCAUGAUGAUGGGUAUGAGUAUGAGCCUUAUGUCAAUGACGAUCCAGUUGCCCUUUUUGGUGAUGAUGAUGAAAGUGUUGAGGGGUGCAGUAGUUCUGAUGAUAACUCAGAGGAUCAGUUGUCGAUGCUACAUGUGGUUCAAGUAGAUAAUUUAAAUGUACGACCAUUGCCAAGUCAUCAAGAAAGCCAAGGACGGAGGACUGCUGGAUCAGAGAGCAGUCGUCCAACUACACAAGAUGAUGGAAAUAGAUGGAGUUCUCCAGCGUAUACUGCUGAAGAUAUCCCAUGCCCCUCUUAUGUUAUCCCCGCGUUAUCUGGGGUGAGUUGUGGAGUAAUAGAAGUUGGGAAAGUUUUUGAGAACAAGUUAGAGUUGAAGACGAAGGCACACUUGUAUGCAAUGAAGCAGAACUUCGAGUUUGUGGUGAAGAAGUCAGGUACUGAAGUUUGGUAUAUCACUUACAAGGAUCCUGAUUGUGGGUGGAGAUUGAGGGGGAAGAGAAUUCAUAAAUCUGAUAUGUUCGAGAUAACUCGUUUCACCAACAAACACACUUGCUCACUUGACCUCUGACAUAAAGGCCAUCGCCAAGCUGCACCUUGGGUUAUUGGUCAUUGCAUAAAGAAAAAAUAUCAGACUGGAUCGAAUGCGUACAUGGAAAACAACAUAAGAGAGGACAUUAAGAAUGAUUAUGGCAUUGAUUUGUCAUAUGGAAAAGCUUGGAGAUGCCGAGAGAAGGCUCUUUCUUAUGUCAGAGGGACACUGGAAGCAUCCUAUCAGAAGUUACCAUCGUACCUGUUCAUGCUUCAACAGAAAAAUCCCGGGAUGUUGACAGAUUUUGUCACUGAGGAAGAUCGAUUCAAAUAUUGCUUUUUCUCACUCGGAGUUAGUAGAAGAGGGUUUCGUACAUGUCGUCCUGUGUUAUGUGUGGACGGUACCUUUUUAAAGACAAAAUACGGUGGACAGAUGUUAUGUGCAGUCGCGCUGGAUGCAAAUAACCAUCUAUAUCCAGUUGCAUUUGGUAUUGUGGAUAGUGAGAAUCAUGAUUCUUGGAAGUAUUUCAUGUCAAAGCUAAAAGAAGCGAUUGGGGAAGUCGAGGACCUGGCGUUUUUAUCUGACAGGCAUGCAAGUAUUACACAUGCCUUGGAAACUAUUUUCCCCGAUGCCUAUCACGGUGUUUGCUACCACCACAUUAGUAUGAAUGUGGUUGCUAAAUUCAAGACUGAUCAUUGUCAUGUGUUGAUGUAUAAUGCGGCAUAUGCUUUUAGGAAAUUCGAGUUCCACGCUAACUUCGAAAAAAUCAAAUCAAAAGACCUAGCCAUUGCUCAAUACCUAGAAGGAAUGGGUUUUGAUAAGUGGUCCCGUGCUUACUUUCCUGGAAAUAGAUAUGUCAUUGUCAAUUGUAUUUUAAUUUAUGAAAUCUUCUAAAUGUAUGUUACUAUUAAAUUUUAGUUUUCUUGGAUACUAGGUAUAAUAUAAUGACAAGCAAUUACGCUGAAAGUUUCAACAAUAAGACCCGGGACGCUAGGAGCUUUCCGAUAACUACAUUCGUCGAAUUUAUUCGCUUCACACUACAGUCCUGGUUCUGUAAUAGGAGAGAAACUAGCGAGAAGACAACUACCACUCUUGCACCGACCUAUGAGAAAAAUUUGGUGGAUAUGGCUGAGAAAGCUCAAUUCUUGAUUCCUUAUGCAAUAGGGAGGCAUGAGUUCCAUGUGUUAGAUGGUGAGCUGAAUGGUGAAGUCGACCUCCUGAAUAAGACAUGCACAUGCGGUGUGUUUCAGAUUAUUGGUAUCCCAUGUGCUCAUGCACUAUUUGGAUCCCUUAAGCGAGGGGUGAACUUUUAUUCGUUGUGUUCAGAUUACUAUAAAAUUGAGACAUGGAGGUCCUCUUACACAGAAUCUAUACAUCCUACUGGUAACGAGGAAGAGUGGAUUGUUCCACAUGACAUUAUGACAAUAACAGUGAGAACACCUGCGCAGAAAAACCCGGUUGGUCGUCCAAAGAAGAAACAAGGUAGGCCUAAGACGAAACGCCAUCCUUCCAAUGGAGAUAAAUUGGUUGUUCCACGCAAGUGCAGCACUUGUGGAGGUCUAGGCCAUAAUAGGGCAACUUGUAAAGUUCGUGUUUGAAAUUUAUGGCAUCAAUGUUAAACUUUUUAUUUGGGUACUAAUGGUCUUUGUUACUCUUUUUAUUUGUGUAUUGAUGGACUUUGUUACUCUUUUUAUUUGUGUAUUAAUGGACUUUGUUACUUUUUAUAUUUGUGUAUUAAUGGACUUUGUUAAUCGAAAUGACAUUUU